CAUAAAAUAAGUGUCGACAUGUGCAAUGAGUUCUACGCUAAGGCCACACCCAAGCCCAAGAUGGACAAGCUGAGGAUGGAGGCGCUGGAGAGAUCCGUUCAACAGGUCACCGAAAAAGUUGAGGAAAUCUUCCCUCGACCGUGGGAAUUCUACCAAGACAUCACCUUUAGUAAAGACAAUGCAGCCCAAUUCCUGAUUUUCUCCGAUGACGGUACAAAGGUCACUUUAACUGGUUCCAGCGCAACAACAUCCGUCGUCCUGAAGCCUGAGGAAAAGCCAGUCCACAUCCUUGCUAAGGAGGCCUUCAAAGAAGAGGGCCGCAAGUACUGGGAGGUGGACAUGCGAGGCUGCGGUGACUGGGCAGUCGGUGUUGUGGAGCUACCCCAAGGCAAGAAGCUGCCCGAGCACACAAAGGGAGAACACCUGGGCCGGGACAAGAGCUCAUGGAUGCUAGAGUCCAUCGGUGGGGAGUUAGAGGCCUUGCACAACGAUGGCCUCAUUAGGUUGAAGGAACAGGACGUCCAGAUUCUCGGAGUCUAUCUGGAAAUUGCAAAGAAGGGCAAGUGUGACUUGACCUUCUACGAUGUUAGUAGCCUUGAGGUUUUGUACAAGUACUGCCUUAGCACCAAGAAGCGCUUAUAUCCUGUCUUCAGUCUGUUUCACCAGGCAGAUGAGACCCCAUGUCUAUCUCUACGCCAUUUCGGACUUAACCCUGAAGCAAGAAAUGAAUCAGACCCAAUUUUAGUACACCCAAGGAGAAGCACUGGCCGGCCAGAUGCAGAAUCUAUUGAAUUGGCAUCUAUGUUAGCAUUGUCCUUUGAAGCUGAAUCUGCAACUCUAGAAUCGUCCCCUACAAUUGAGCCUGUUCCAGAAUCGCCCCGUGCAUCUGAGACUAUUCCAGAAUCCCCAGCAAAUUCUGAAGUAGAGUUCAGUAGUUCUACUCCAACGUCACUCUCUGCAUCUGAGCCUGUCCCAACAACUCCAACAGAUUCCGUAAGAAUGUCGACCAGUUCUACCCCUACUCCAGCAUUGCUUACUGAAUCUGAGUCUGUCCCAGAAUCUCCAGUAGAUUCUGGAAGAGAGUCAAAUAGUUCCACCCCUACUCCAGAAUUGCCCUGUGCAUCUGAACCUGUUCCAGAAUCACCAGUAGAUUCCGGAAGAGAGUCAAAUAGUUCUACCCCUACUCCAGCAUUGCUCACUGCAUCUGAGACUGUCCAAGCAUCUCCAGCAGCAGCAUGCGAGCCUAUUCCACCAUCUCCAGUAGAUUCAGGAAACGGCUCAGCUGGAUCUACCCCUGCAUCUUCUCCAACAUUUGACAAGAACCAGAACUGGAAAAGAAAGUUUAAAGGGUUCUUCACUCGGCCGUCUCGAAAAUAAUUGUGGCACCUCUACAUUUAUUCAAGUCUGUCUCUGAAGGGAUAAGUCAAGACAGCUCGGCACCUUGUCUAGAGUAUGUUAGACCUCAUGUGGUAGCCUAUUCAGUCUCUCUGAAUGCAGAGCUGAAAUCUGGUGCAUUAAGUUCUAAAAGACAGACCAAGCUUACUGUUGCUAAAAAACAUUAUUUAUUGUUUGUUAAUAUAUUCAUUUCAAUUUCGAAAGCACUUUUGUAUUGCACCUUUUGUUGGGUUCACAUUGAAGUAUCUAAGCAAAUCUAGUUUGCACAACGUUAUUGGUACAACCUUAAACAGGCGUACAAUUGUGAUUUACGCAGAACAAGAGAAUAUGUUCUUGCGUCACACUAAAUUACAGACAUGUGUCUUAUUGUUAUUGAUAAGACCUGGCUUACUUGUUAUAACAAUAUGUCUUUGUAUUUGUCUUUUUUAAAAUGUACGUUAGUGUUAAGACCCAACCUUGAACGGACAUAAUGAUUCAUAGGAAGAGUGUGUGAAACAUAGCUUGCCUAUGUUAAAAUGUUCUUGAAAAUUAUUUAUGAAAUUGAAUAAAAUGUGUACUAUUUAAUGAUGUCGUUGUUAUGUAUCUCAAGGAUCAGCAAAAUCCCAAAGAAACUAAGGACUGCUACAUCAAUACUUACAUAUUGUACAAUGUUAUUUUGCUAUAUUGACAAAGAGGCCUGUUACGUUGGACAUCCUCCCGCCACACAACGCCAUGCAUUUAAUCUCCAAAAAUGUCACUUCACAUAAAGAAGCGAAGGCCGCCAUUUUAUCCCCCUGCUGAGAGGGUUUUUAGUGCUUGUUUAGUCCUAUUGCACAUAGUGGCAACACAAUUAGGCAACGGUACAAUAAAAGACAGUAUUUAUAAUAUACAGAGGUCAAAGAUGUACCAUGUGAAAACUGGCAGAACAAAACAUUUGGAGGAUGCACACUAAAAUGCCUUUGUUUAUAUUUUACACUUUCUUAUGGUAGUGGAGGUUAUGAUGUAUUUCUGGAAAUGUAAUAUAUUCACAUUAAAGCACCUUUUGAGAAUCUAAUGGAUAGAUACAGUGAAUAUGCUAUAUAUUUGCAGACCAUUUGAGAUCAACUGUGUCUGAUUAUCAGUUAACUCAUGUAAGUCUUUGUAAGACAUACCUA